UUCUAUCAGUCUCGGUCUCUGGCUCUGCACACAACAAUAUUCAUUUUCUUUUCUUAUUUUUUCGGUUCAAGAAUUUUUGUUCACCAUUUCUUAAAUAAAAAAGAAGAAAACCAAUUUGACAUGAAAUUAUGUACUUUUGACUUGACAGCAAUUGAGAUUUAACAAGAAUAACGAGCUUACACGCUUGUUGUUUUGUUUAAUGCGACAAAGAUUGUCGUCAUCACUCUCACUUUCAAUAACGUGUUUAAAAGUCUUGCAAGCUCUACUAGCUGUGCAGAAAGUUAACAUUUUUCUUUGAUUUGCUGGAGCAAGCUGCAGUUUUUCUCACUCCUAUGGAGACUUUCCUUCUUCCGCUGUCCUCUGUUUCUCCUUCAGUUUUCUCUGGUAGAAGUAGUUCUUGCAGGAGUAAAAAUUUGAAGGCAUGUCAUUUUCCAAGUUCUUGUGACGGAGUUCGAGUUUCGAGGUCCAAAUCAUGGAACAUCCUAGAAAAGUCUCGUGUUAGAGCUAUAGAGCCUGGAUCAACAUUCCACCAGAGAAAUAAUCCAAAGUUCCUGGCAAAUUCAGCCUCGGGUAACCCUCUUGAUUGUGAGCCUGAAGCUUAUAAACCCAAGAGCGUUUCAGACAUGGUUACAAAAGCCAUAGACGCAUUUUACAGGUUUUCAAGGCCUCACACAAUCAUAGGCACAGCAUUAAGCAUUGUAUCAGUUGCUCUCCUUGCUGUUGAAAAGCUUUCAGAUAUAUCUCCGUUAUUUUUUACUGGAGUUUUGGAGGCUGUUGCUGCUGCCCUCAUGAUGAAUAUUUAUAUUGUUGGUUUGAAUCAAUUGUCAGACAUUGAGAUAGACAAGGUCAACAAGCCAUAUCUUCCUUUAGCAUCAGGAGAAUAUUCUUUCAAAACUGGUGUGCUGAUUGUUGCAUCCUUUUCCAUCAUGAGUUUUUGGCUUGGAUGGGUUGUUGGUUCAUGGCCGCUGUUUUGGGCUCUUUUCAUCAGUUUUGUACUAGGAACUGCAUAUUCAAUCAAUUUGCCACUGUUGAGAUGGAAAAGGUUUGCAGUGGUUGCAGCUAUGUGCAUCCUAGCAGUUCGAGCAGUAAUAGUUCAACUUGCUUUUUAUCUUCACAUGCAGACCCAUGUGUACGGAAGACCAGCUGUGUUUUCGAGGCCUCUAAUCUUUGCAACUGCAUUCAUGAGCUUCUUCUCAGUUGUUAUAGCAUUAUUUAAGGAUAUACCUGAUAUUGAAGGAGAUAAAAUAUUUGGAAUUCGAUCUUUUACAGUACGUUUGGGUCAAGAGCGGGUGUUUUGGACUUGUAUCUCUCUACUACAAAUGGCUUAUGGUGUUGCCAUUUUAGUUGGAGCGACAUCUUCCUUCGUUUGGAGCAAAAUCAUCACUGUUUUGGGUCAUGGCAUGUUGGCUUCAAUACUAUGGAACCGUGCCAAAUCUGUCGAUUUAAAGAGCAAAACUGCAAUAACUUCCUGUUAUAUGUUCGUCUGGAAGCUGUUCUAUGCAGAGUAUUUGCUGAUACCACUUGUGAGAUGAGUGUAAAGAGCAGGAGCAGAGUAACUUGCAAGCAAAGGGCUUGUUAUUAAUGUGUAUGUAAUUUCUGUUCCUGAGUGCUGACUCCAUUUUUGGGUAUGACCGCCAAUGAGGCAUCAAUAAUUUCUAUGCUCUUGAUCAUCAUAACAAUAUUUACCUCAUUGGGCGCGUAUUACGUAUUUACCGAGCUACCCCUUUGGUCUUAUGCGUGUGUAACUCAAUAAUGCAUUCAUUGAUAUACUUUAUGUCACAUGAUC